AUGAAGCCAGUAUAUUGUUUUAGCAUAUUGGCACUUCUACAGAUUUUCACUGUCGUUGUUUCAGAAUCCAACUGGCCCACUUUGAAUUUCACUUUAGAAAUAGCGUCCCGAGCUCAACGUGAUAUAUCAAAAUUACUACCCAUUAGUCAAAUUACUACUGUUGGAAUAUCGUUAAGUUCAAUAUUUAGAAACAGUGGCUAUACAGUUGAUGCUCUAUCUCCGUUGUAUGAUUUAUUGAAUGGUGGGAACGAAGCCAUCAUGAUUGACCUUUAUUGGAAUGAGUUUACCUCACAAUGGCAACUAUGCCCAGCACCAUUUCCUUCAAAUACAACGUACAAUAUGAAUGAUGUAGUGGAUCUACUGUGGGAAAAUAACGAUUACCAAUGUCAGCCCGGUUUGUCUACUGAGAAUAUCAUGGGAAUUAUAAAUUCAUACAUCAGAGAUACCAACACAAAUAUUGGUGCCAAUUUCCUACGUAUAUUGUUUAACUUAAAGUCCAUUCACUACGAAAACUCAAAUAGAACCAUUGAUUUACAGAAUAUUUACAAGCCUUCCAUUUUAAACCCGGUCAAUAUUGGUAACGAUACAUUGAAUGAUACUAUAGCUUCAUUGGGAUCCUACAUUUUUACACCGACAGUGUUAUCCCAAUAUCAAAGUGAUGCCAGCCAUGUGGAAAAGGCUUCCAGUGGAAGUUCUAUAAACAGCACACAAGCCAUAAGUUAUUUCUACAAUCAAUCGAAUAUAAUCGUGCCGUCUUUGGAUACUGUUUUGUUAUCAGAAUACAAACGUGUAUCAGCUCACAUUCUGUCCAAUGAAUUAGUAAAUUCCUCCCGAGUCUAUCAAUUCACUUCUUAUGAUACCGAUUUGAUAUUUUUUAAUGAUGUGGUACCCUUGGUAGUUGAAAACACAACGACAGGCGUAGCCGGCCGAUAUUGCAAUGAAUUGUUUAAUGCCUACAAUAGUACCGGGGUAGAUAUUGAAACGUUUAACAAUUUAUCAUUAACAACGAGACUCAGAUUUAUUGUAGACAGUGACGAAAAUCCUUUCACAGUGGAUACGUUGUCAAAAUUUGUCAGAUGUGGAUAUUCGGCAAUUUUCAAUGGCACUUAUGAUGUUGGUGUUAAUUCUUCGCUGCUUGACUUUCUGGAUGAAGUAGACGAGUUUAUUCCUUAUGGAUUUUGGUCAUGGAGCCCUGGUCAGCCAGUUGACCUUAAUGACACAAAUAGUGACUCAAUCAACAAUGCUUCCAUGAGUAGUAACAAUACAGAUGAUAGCAAUGGGAAUAGUUUGGCUUUCAAAUGUGUGGUUUUAACUGAAACCGGCUGGUCAGUUGCAAAUUGUUACGAUCGUCAUGUAAUUGCUUGUCAAAACCUGACAUCGAGAAAUAAUUGGGUUCUACAAGAGACAAAUAAGAGAAACUAUUUCGAAAUUGAUAAGGGUGACUGUCCUGAAGGGUAUACUUUCAGUAUCCCACGACUGAGUACUGAAAUGCUUUCAUUACAAGCUACAGUCAAACAACGGAAUGUUCCAUAUCCAAUAUGGCUUGACUUGAAUGAUAUCACUGUACCAAACUGUUUUGUAUCUGGAGGACCAUAUGCACAAUGUCCCUAUCAAAGAACAAUCACAACUAAUAAAUUUGUCAGAAUGAUUGCUCCAAGUUUUGCUGUGGGUGUAGUGGUGUUGGUAUUGAUCUUGAUUGAAAAUAUUUUUCGAACUAAUCCAAUUCAAACCAAUAGAAAACGGUAUUGGAAGAAAGCUAUUCAAGAAUACUAUAACAAGAACGAUUUUGAAGGUGUCCCCUCGUAG